GGGCUGUGGUUUCCUUCCAGCGAUCCUUGCCUCGCCACGGACUGCAAGUACGCCAACAAGUUCCACUUCCACUGUCUCUUCGGGAACUGCAAGUACGUCUGCAAAACCUCCGGCAAGGCUGAGUCCCACUGCCUGGACCACAUCAACCCCAACAACAACCUGGUGAACGUGCGAGACCAGUUUGCGUACUACUCACUUCAGUGUCUCUGUCCCAACCAGCACUGCGAGUUCCGGAUGCGUGGACACUACCACUGCCUCCGGACCGGCUGCUACUUUGUGACCAACAUCACCACCAAGUUGCCAUGGCACAUAAAGAAGCAUGAGAAAGCCGAGCGGCGGGCAGCCAACGGAUUCAAGUACUUUACCAAGCGCGAGGAGUGUGGCAGGCUAGGCUGCAAGUACAACCAGGUGAACAGCCACUUCCACUGCAUCCGGGAGGGCUGCCAGUUCUCCUUCCUCCUCAAGCACCAGAUGACCUCCCACGCCCGGAAGCACAUGCGGAGGAUGCUGGGCAAGAACUUCGAUCGCGUGCCCCCCUCCCAGGGCCCCCCGAGCCUGAUGGACACGGAGACAGAUGAGUACAUGGAUUACACGGGCUGCAGCCCGGGCGCCGUGUCCUCUGAGUCGCCCACCAUGGACCGGAGCUGCUCCAGCACCCCCGUGGGCAACGAGAGCACGGCGGCAGGGAACACCAUCUCCAUGCCCACAGCCUCCGGGGCCAAAAAGCGCUUCUGGAUCAUCGAGGACAUGUCGCCGUUCGGCAAGCGGCGCAAGACGGCCUCCUCGCGGAAGAUGCUGGACGAGGGCAUGAUGCUGGAGGGCUUCCGGCGCUUCGACCUCUAUGAGGACUGCAGGGACCCGACCUGCCAGUUCUCGCUCAAGGUCACGCACUACCACUGCACGCGGGAGAACUGUGGCUACAAGUUCUGCGGACGCACGCACAUGUACAAGCACGCGCAGCACCAUGACCGCGUGGACAACCUCGUGCUGGACGACUUCAAGCGCUUCAAGGCCUCGCUCAGCUGCCACUUCGCCGACUGCCCCUUCUCGGGCUCCAGCACGCACUUCCACUGCCUGCGCUGCCGCUUCCGCUGCACCGACAGCACCAAGGUGACGGCGCACCGCAAGCACCACGGCAAGCAGGACGUGAUCAGCGCGGCGGGCUUCUGCCAGUUCAGCUCGAGCGCCGACUGCGCCGUGCCCGACUGCAAGUACAAGCUCAAGUGCUCGCACUUCCACUGCACCUACCCGGGCUGCCGCCACACGGUCGUGGGCAUGUCGCAGAUGGACUCGCACAAGCGCAAGCACGACAAGCAGGAGCGCGGCGAGCCCCCCGCCGCGUCCCCGGGCCCCGCCGUCGGCCUGGACGGCGCGCUGUCGCUGGGCACCGAGCCCGGGGCCCCCCUGCUCUUCCUCCCGCCCGCCGCCGCCGCCGCCGCCGCCGCUUCCGCGGGCCUGGGGCUGGGGCCGGGCGAUGCGGGCGAC